GCUGUCAUAAGUGUCAAAUGAAUGAAAGAUUUGUCGUCGGCCCUUUAUUCGUAGCCUCUUGUUCUGAUUUUUUGGAUUAUUUUAUGAAUUAUGUGGCUUUCGGCAGAUAGCAGUUGAAAUUUAUAUAGCUUUAAUUGUUGUCUGUUCACUGCAAUGUGAAAAUGAUUCCCUUGAAAGACAAUCAGGAUGUGGCAUCCUUCCUUGUCACAAAACACUCAUGGAAAGGAAAGUACAAGCGGGUAUUCUCCAUCGGUACCCAGGGCAUCACCACAUACAACCCGGAUCGUCUGGAAGUUACUAAUAAGUGGUUAUACUCUGAUGUUAUUACUGUGGCUUCAGCAAAACACUCAAACUCUGCUGCCAAUCAUGACUUUACACUGGUCAUGAAGAAAGAGAAGAAAGUGGACUCAAUGAAGUUCUCUUCCGAACACAAAUGUUUGAUAUUAACAGAAGCAUUCAAGUACAGACAUUUGUUUGCUGAGAAACCUAAGGAUAUCUUUAGAUACCAAGCAUACAAACAUCACUGGAGUGGCACACGCCUCCCCGUUGUCCUCGAAGUGGGUCCGUGUGCAGUGGAUCAACUAGACCCUUCCACCCAUACACUCCUAGCCAGUUACCCGUACUGUGAUAUCCAGGGCAUACUUCAAGUGCGAGAUGUACCUGGCGGAUUCGUACUUGCCGUUGGAGGCUACAGUCGUCUCCACUUGUUCUCCAAUGCUAUGGAACACCAGAUGCUGAUAAACAAGAUGCUGGAAAUGGCAAAUUUGAUGCUCAGCAUCAGUAUCAAAGUGUUAUCUACUACCAUAACUUUGGAUGAUUACCAUGAUCAGAGAUUUGGAAAGUAUAGCGGAGAUCAACACCAGACAUCUCUAUGCGAGUUUCUAGUCCACAAGGUGAACCCGGCCCGGCACAUGGAGCCCAUGAGACGGACGCUCUGCCUCUCUGACACGUGCAUCCUUGAGAGAGACCCCCAGACAUAUUCUGUGGUAUGUCUCAGGCCAUUGAGCGAUGUGUUCGCUCUAGUCAGAGAUCCUGAUCACCCUCAAAAAUUCUCAAUUGAAUAUCUGAAUGGGCAGACCAGAACUUACUUAGCUGGUGAAAGAGACGCGCUACUAGCGUCGCUGGUGGACGGCGUGCGGUCGGCGGGGCAGCGCGACGUGCACGUGCGCUGCAGCGGCACGCCGCGCGGGUACCGCCUCGGGCCGCUGCAGCAGCCCGUCGACGAGGAGACCGAGUCCAACCAUCUGCGGUUGUUCCAAAACCCGGUGGGAAUGACACGGGCUGAGGUAAUCGAGCGUUUCAACGCGAACGUCGGGUACAGUGGCCUCAUCUACUCCGUCAGCCAAGACCGGUUAUUUGCGGAAAACAAGGAGAAACUCAUCACCGGAGCCCUAACAGCGCUUAUAAGCAGCGCCCCGUCUGGCGCUAGUCUGUCACCGAAGGAGCUUGAAGCGCAAUUCCACGCGCUGAGAAGAUUAUGCGCUAGUAAAGUGGGCUUCGCUGCGUUCACUGCGUUACCGGGGUUUCGCGAAUGGAUCGGCUCGGCCGUUGUAUCGGCCCUACGUCGUGGUUCCCCCGCGUGUUCCCACGCCGCUUUAGAUGCAGUUUGCGCAUUGAUGCAGCCGAUGCACCAAGACCCGGACUUGAGACAGGAGCAGCUGAACAAAGCCAGCAUGCUGUCUUCUGCUGCCUUCUUGGAGGGGUUGCUGUCUAUGUGGGCGGAUCACGUGACUGCAGGCAGUGGGGCGCUAGUAGUGGCGGCCAUGUUGGAUUUCCUCACGUUCGCGUUGUGCGUGCCCUACAGCGAAACCACUGAUGGGAAACAGUUCGAUCAGUUGUUGGAAAUGGUGUCGAAUAAAGGCCGAGUUCUGUUCAAGUUGUUUGAGCACCCGUCAAUGGCGAUCAACAAAGGCGCGGGUUUAGUGAUGCGCGCGUUAGUGGAAGAGGGGAGCAGCGCAGUCGGCCCUCGGAUGCAAUCCCUGGCGCUAGCGGAAGCGGCGCUCCCGCGACACCUGGUGUCGGCGCUGUUCGCCCCGCCGCGGCAGCACCAGCGCCACCUGGCGCGCCACUUGGUGGCGCUGUGGCUGGUGGAGCAUGCGCCGGCGCACGCCUUGCUGCGCCGGAUCAUGCCGUCGGGACUUCUGGCGUUCUUAGAAUCAACGGAGAGUCCGCCGGCGGAGGCCCUGGCCGAACAACGGGAGGAACAGAGGGACAAUCUACAGCUGGCGCAAGCUGCCAACAAGCCGCGCGCUCCGCACUGGGAGGCGCUAGAGAGACAGGUCAAAUACUACGAGAAACAUAUUGAGCACUACGCAGCCCUAGCGCUCCAGCACUGGGCGCAGCGCAUGGGGCGGAGCGCCGGCGCGGGCGCGGGCGCCGCGGCCGCCGCCGUCCGCGAGCGGCCCGUCGUGCUCCGCCGCCGGAGGGAGAGGAUCAAAUCCACCGCCAACUGGCCGCUGUUCUACUACCAGUUCCAUAGGGACCAUGCGCUGCCCAAUCUCAUUUGGAAUCAUACGACACGCGAAGAACUACGUAACGCCUUAGAAAACGAACUGCGUGCGUUCACAAGCGACCGGGAUGCCGCUGGCGGAAUCCUCACAUCUUGGAACCACGCGGAAUUGGAAGUGCAGUACCAGUGCUUACAGAAUGAGGUCAAGAUUGGUGACUACUAUCUCAGGAUCCUGUUGGAACAAAGGGACAAUGAUGACAGUCCUAUUAGAAAGUCUUACGAGUUCUUCAACGAUCUCUACCAUCGUUUCCUGUCGACGCCCAAAGUGGAGAUGAAGUGUAUGUGCUUGCAAGCCAUGACUAUUGUAUACGGACGGUAUUACGAAGAUAUCGGACCAUUCGCCGAUACAAAGUACAUCGUGCAGAUGUUAGAUAGGACUUGCGACAGAAUGGAGAGAGACAGAUUUGUACAGUUCCUAGCAAAGUUAAUAUUACAUAGGAGAAACGUUAGCGAGAUAUUAGAAUGGAAUGGUAUUAGAAUCCUAGUAGAACUAAUGACAUUAGCCCACUUACACACGUCGCGGGCGACGGUCCCCACUCAGAGUAACGUCAUAGAGGGUCCCGCGCAGACUACUGAUCCCAAGGGAUCUGACAGGGAGUGGUACUACAACGUGGAGCAGGGGGACAAAGUGCAGAGGGUUGGCCCUGUCAGUUUUCAACAGCUGAAAGAGUUGUACCAAUCCGGGCAAAUAAACAACAAGACGAAAUGCUGGGCGAACAGUAUGGAAGGCUGGCGGGCGAUAGGCAGCGUCCCGCAACUCAAGUGGACUCUAGUGUCCCGGGGGAGCGCCGUGCUGGACGAGAGCGCGCUGGCCGCCACCGUGCUGGACCUCUUGAUCUCGUGCGCCAGAUACUACCCCAGCAGAGACGAAGAAGACGCGGUAAUCAGACCGCUGCCGAAAAUAAAGCGAAUGUUAUCAGAGCCGGCGUGUUUGGCGCACGUUGUACAGUUAUUGUUAACGUUCGAUCCCAUACUCGUAGAAAAGGUGGCAACACUGUUAUACGAGGUGAUGCAAGACAACCCAGAAAUUUCUAAGUUAUAUCUAACGGGCGUUUUCUACUUCAUGCUGUUAUAUACGGGCUCGAAUUUAUUGCCUAUCGCGAGGUUCUUGCGACUGACGCAUAUGAAGCAAGCUUUUAGAGCGGAUCAGACGACCUCAGACAUAAUGCAGCGUUCUAUCCUGGGCCAGUUGUUGCCGGAAGCCAUGGUGUGUUACCUGGAAAACCACGGAGCUGAGAAGUUCGCGCAGAUCUUCUUAGGAGAGUGGGACACGCCCGAGGCGAUAUGGAGCUCCGAAAUGAGGAAUUUGCUCAUGAUGAAGGUGGCAGCACAUAUAGGCGAGUUCACGCCGCGGCUGCGGGCGCACAUCGCGGCCCGCUACCCGUACCUGGCCGUGCCGGCGGUGCGCUACCCGCAGCUGCAGCACGAGCUGUUCUGCAACAUGUUCUACCUGCGGCACCUGUGCGACACGCAGCGGUUCCCCGACUGGCCCAUACCGGACCCGGUUCGCCUCCUAAAAGACGUGCUAGAAGCGUGGCGUAAGGAAGUGGAGAAGAAACCUCCAUCCAUGACGGUGAAUGAAGCGUACGAAGCUCUAGGUCUGGACGGCAAUGGACCUCAUGACGAAGCCGCCGUGAGGAAGGCGUACUAUCGCCUCGCGCAACAGUACCAUCCUGAUAAGAAUCCUGAAGGAAGGGAUCGCUUCGAGGCCGUGAACCAAGCGUACGAGUUCUUAUGUAGUCGGAACGUAUGGACGGGCGACGGACCGAACGCGAACAAUAUUGUUCUUAUACUGCGAACGCAGACUAUCCUAUUCCAGAGGUAUUCCGAUGUGUUAGCACCGUACAAGUACGCCGGCUACCCGCAGCUCCUGCGCACCGCUCGCCUGGAAGCGGAAGCGGAGUCGCUGUUCGCCCGCUCCACCACCGCGCUGCUGCCGCCCGCCAUAGAGCUGGCGCUGGCCACCGUGCGCUGCUCCGCGCUCAACGCCGAGCAGCUGCGGAGGGAAGGCGGCCUGCAGGUUCUGCACGAGGCGCUGUCGCGCUGCGUGCCGAUGCUGGGCAGCGCGCGGCGCGGCGACGAGCUGAGCGCGCUGGUGUGCGCGCACGCGGCGCGCUGCUUCGCCGUGGCGGCCGCCUUCCCCGCCGCCCGCCGCGAGUGCGCCGCGCUGCCGGCGCUGGCCGCCGACCUCGUGCCGCUGCUCGGCAGGCCGCAACUGGGCGACACGGCGUGCGCCGGCGCCGAGGCCAUAGCGGCGUUGUGUUCGGACGCCACGUGCCGCGGCGCCCUGGCCAGGGCCGGCGCCCUGCACGCCCUGCUGCCCGCCGUACUGCAGUACGACUACACGCUCGCCGAGUGCGGGCUGCAGGCCGAGCGCGACUCCAACAAGCAGGCAGUAGCAAAUCUGCUUGCGAAGCAGUGUGUGACGGCCCUAGCAGCAAUGUACGGCCCUCACGAGACGCCGUCGGAUUGCGACGAGCACAUCACACACGCUUUGCACACAUUACUCACGCCGUACUUGUGUUCGAGACUGGCCGAUGGGGACCUUCACGAGCUCCUAAAAACGAUCACGUCCAACUGGCGUACACCUUACCUGGUGUGGGACAACAGCACCCGCGGGGAGCUGCGCGAGGUGUUGCGCGACAUCAAACCGGACUCCACGGAGUCCCAGGGUCCACUCGUGCCGGAGUUCUCGUACACGGCCCACGAGAAACUCGUGCCGGUCGGCGGCGUGUAUAUUGAUAUUUAUAACGAUCAGCCCGACUUUCCUAUACAGAAUCCCCAGCAGUUCAUUCUGGACCUGCUCAAGUACCUGCAGACAGAAACCCAAUCCGAUAUGACUGCGGAGAGGGUUCACCAUAUCACGCUCGCCCUUACCGCCGUGGCGAAUGUUAUUAUUAAGAAUCCAGGUGUCGAAAUCCAGUGCAUCGGGCAGUUCGGUCUCAUAUUCGGACUUCUAUCAGCUCGUGCGCAUCCGCCUUUACAAGACGCCGCCUUACGUUGCGUCUUGGCCGUAGCUGGCAGUCGAGAAUGUGUUGAAGAUAUAGCCGCUUCUGGCGUCUUGGGACAUUUGCUAGCCUUGCUGCCAGUGAGGCCGCCUAAGGCAGAAGCGUUGGCAGCGUUGGCGGCCCUGUUGGCCAAUACUGCGCUAGUCAAGGAGGCGUUGGCUAAAGGUGCUGUGAUAUACCUACUAGAUCUGUUCUGCAAUAGUAAGUUACCAGAAAUAAGAGAAGCCGCGGUAGAACUUCUAGCGCGUAUGAUGUCGGACAAACUGCAUGGGCCCAAGGUCCGCCUCACGAUAUCUCGGUACGUGCCCGGCGUGUUCGCGGAAGCGAUGCGCGAGGCGAGCGCGGCGAGCGCGCUGAGCAUGUUCGACGCGCAGCACGAGCACCCCGAGCUCGUGUGGAGCGACGACGCCCGGCUGAGGGUCGUCCGCCAUGUGGCCAGGCUGCGAGACAGUCACCAAUCUAACCAACUCCGCGAUCCGAACGCCACAUUCGAGGACAGAGAAGCCUUAGAGCGAGCCGCUAGCGGUGGCAACGAAGAGACCUGGGCACCCCCCGGGGAAGUGGUAGUGGCCGGAGUGUACCUCAAGUUGUACCUCCAAACACCACACUGGAACCUAAGAAGUCCAAAGAAGUUCCUACAGGAACUGUUGACUGAAACCUUCGCGUCAAUUAAUAAGGAUUCUACAGAUGGUAGUCGCGGCGACGUGUGCGCCCGCGCUUUAGCCGUACUGUUGCGCUCCAAGCCAGCGCUGGCCGAGACCUGUGCCCAGCUCGGGGAGAUGCCACGAUUAGUGAGAUUGCUGCCCAGUUGUCCACGUCACGCCGUGCCAGUACUGGCCGCAUUGGCUGAUACACAGGCGUGCGUGACAGCACUAGCACAGACAGACGCCAUGGCCGGCGUGAAGAGCGCAAUAAAGUCGUGUCGCGAGAUCGUUGGCUGCGCGUGCGAGGCGCUCGCCGCCAUCUUCAACAGCAACGCCAACACCGACCCCCUCGUGCAUCAGGCAUUAGAGUGCGACCUGGUCGGCGAGCUGCUGUCGCUGCUGGAGACGCGGCUGGACGGGCACACGGCGGCGCGGCUGGUGGGCGCGCUCAAGGCCAUGGGGCGCUCCGCCGCGCACGGCGCGCGCGUGCGCGGCGUGCUGGCGCGCAGCCCCGUGUGGGAGCAGUACGCGGCGCAGCGCCACGACCUGUUCAUCACGCCGGCGCCGCACCACGCCCUCGCUGGCAUCCCGCAGUCGGCCGGCUACCUCACAGCGCCCCCCAGCGACAUCCCCGCGCAGCCGCCUCCGAUCGACUGACCGCACACACCGUACACACAUCCCCUUCAACACUGACACACACAGGCACCUCCCACAUUGCAUACAUACUAUAUAAUCAUGUUUUUGUGGUAGACAGAGCCAACAGUCUCGUAAAGACUGAAUGGCCGCGUUCAGCUGUAUGGCACAAUGAUGGAAUUCAUGCAUGCGACGAUUCUUCUGGAUGUGUCAAGGUAAAUUUAUUGAAGCCUUAUUUCACUUGCAAUAAUUAAUGAAUGCAAUGAAUUGAUACUAAGAGUACAUAUAGAGUUUUUUAUGGUUUGUAAAUAGAUUAAAAUUAGCGUGGGCAAAAAUUUGUUAGUUAACUGUUGAUGUCAUUUUGAUUAAUCAAAUCCUAAAACUUACAUAAUGUUAAGAGAGCUUUUGUGAUUUUAAAUCAUAGAAAAAAAAUGUUGUCACGUUUGUUUUCAUACAAAUUUUUCACACAUUUCUGUCGAAUGCCUAUCGCUAUUGUCAAUAAGUAUGAUUUUCAAUGCAACAUGUUUGUUUGUAAAAUUGUCUCGAAUUUAAAGCCAAAAUAAAUUUUCAAAAUUUAAACAACGCUGUGUACAUCGUAUGGCUUUUAAUGUAUUGUAUAUAUUAUACUGAUGAAAUCCCGAUCUUCAGGUCGUCACGCAUUAUACUGUACUUAUGUAUAAAUAUUUUAAGGCCAUUCCUCUAGGUCUAAUAUAUUGUAAAUUAUUCGAAUCGGAAAGGUUGGACGGCAAAACCGAGGAGUUCUAUUAUAAACAUGACCUAUUUCAAAACGUUUCAGAUACGAGUUAUAUUCAUUCGACUUAAAACAUAAAUAGUGUACUAAAACCACUGCGUCAUACUAAAAGAAAUGCUUAAAAAUUAAAAGUAUUGAUUGAUAUACUCACACUUUUUCAACUAAGACAAAUUUAACAACAACUUUCAAUUUUAAGUCCAUAUAUUUAGGGUCCAUCUGCGAAAAACAUUUGUUUUAUACGGGACUAACUACACAGAUUGAGCUAGCUUUGAAGUAAGCUCGAGACUAUAGCUAGACUCAUUAUGACCUCCUCACACUAGUGUUGUUUCAUUAAAAAAGAACUCUCGGUGACAUGACACGAUAAGUAUUAACAGCCAAAGCUCGUCUGUAGCCACGUGUAUCUAGUUAUAUAUAUUGUGUAUGAUCUCCCCUAGAAGGGCUGAUGCAGACAGCAAAAUAAAUAACUUAAUAAAAAAAGAAAACAAUAAAUAGAUCAAGCCCGAAAAAAAGGAAGAAUAAGUAGUGUCGGUGGUAAUUUAAUGUCAAUAGAUUCGAUUUUUAAUUCAAUAACACGAUUAGGUAAUUUAAUUAUAUACAAACGGCAAAAGUUUAAUUUAAUAUUUAAUACUAGCGUCGCAUCUCAUGAAAAAAAAACAUGAAGUCAUGCCCACGAGUUUUCUAUAGAAGUUUCUUUAUUUUGCUGACUGUACAACACUAUUCAAUAUUCCUAUAUUGCUAGAGUCUAAGAUUUAUAUCAUUGUGAGCAUAGAAUUCGCACUUUUGUAUGGUAGAGGAUAAAUCUGAAAUUAGGGAUAAAUACUCAUCUGUUCUUGAUUUAUUUUAUUGUUCGUUUCUUUUAACAUUUAUUUGAACUUAGAAUUCCAUUUUCAAUUAAAUAUGAAACUAACACCAUAUUGUGCGACCAUAAAGUCUUGCCAUUCCUUUUCAUUGGGUCUGAUAAAAUGUUUAUGUUAAAAGACUGACCAUUUUUAAAAUUCAAAAUUUGACUAAAGUCAAUGCAACUUUUAAUCUAAUAUUAUGCAUGUUUUCUUUCCAUUCUUAUGGUAUUUAUUCUUAUGGUAAUUGUUUAUUUUGUUUGCAUAGCAAUUAAAAUUAAAACGAAAGAAUAUUUGCAUUUGUUGUGCAAAAUUUAUAAGGUCUUAUUAUUUUAAAGAGAGAUUUAAAAUAAAAGAAAAUGUAUUAUAAAAAUAUAUUCCUAAAUUUGAAUUAUUUGAAAAAUAUUAACUUAUGUUAUACAAUACAAAAAUACCUUUCUUUUAAAUCACAGCAAUUAUAAAAGUACCUUAAUUAUAUAUUAUCGAAAACAGUUGAUUUAUUCAUAUCAUAGAGUUAUCCGUAUAUGUGUACGAUACUUUACGAACUAAUAUUAUGUUUGCUCAUACGAGUACGUCCUAAGUAUCGGAAAAGACAUGGUUUUCAAAUUGUGUGUUCUGGCCUUUAAAAUUAGUUUAGUUUUUGUUCCAAGUGAUAUGUAGACAUUUGUAAGUAGCCGAUAAAGGCGGGAACACACGCUCUGAAGAAAGGACAGGAAAUUCAAUGGAAUUUAUCGAGAAAUGAUUCGAAUAUGGAUAUUUUUGUAUUUAGUAUAAGCGUCGUUGUAAAAUACAUGAAAUUAAUAUGAUUA